AUGUCUACUCCAACCUUGAUCAACUUGCCUCCUCCGCCCUCCGGCUCCGUCACUCCAUCUGACAUGGGACCUGGCACCCCCAACUCAGGCACUACCUCCCUCUCCGCGCUGUCCACCACCGCCAUCAAAGACGGCCACCAGGGCCAGCCCCAGCCCCAUCCCCACGGCCGCCAUGCGCACCACUCUUCCACCACCUCCCUCAGCUCCACCAACACCCUCGAGGCCGAGCGCGCAGACCGCAUCUCCCGCCUCGCCGGCCUCGAACGAGUCGCUACCGCUCGCGCCAGUCCCACCUCCCAACCCGGCUCCGGUCUCGCGGCGCAAAUCACCCCGGGCUACUUCGACAGCCAGUACAACAACAAAGAGCGCAGCACUGUGGGCAGUGCCAGCGCGACGACAGCCAGCGUGGGCGGCCGCACCACUUGGGCUAGCGGCAGCGACUUCACCUUUGACGGCGAUAAGAUGAGCGAGGACCCUGAUGACGGUACCUCGAGCGUAGGCAACAUCAGUGACGAGGGCAAUGCCAGUCUCGUUGGCUUCGGUGAGGGUGCGAGCACAGUUAGCGGACCGAUCUCACGGCCGAACUUGAACCGGGUGUCGUCUGGUGGUCGGCGCACACCUAGCUCGUUGGGUAGUCCGACGACGAGCCGGGCGAAUACGAUCGCGGCAUACUUGCAAGGUCAGGGUGAUAGUCCUAUGAUGCCGUCGCCGUUGUCGCCGGCGGGAUCAUCGUCGAAUGUGCCGGAGCAGGGUGGUGAGGAUGCGAGGAUGAUUGACGGGAUGACUUUCGAUGCGGAUGUGGUUGAUACUACUGCGAGGACUCCACGGUUGGCUACUCCGUACAAUGGGGAGGGUAGUUAA